UAAUAACUACAUAAAUUCCCGCUGCCCGGGUGCGGGACAAGAUGGUUAAUGUGCCGAAGACCCGCAGGGCGUUCUGCAAGAAAUGCCGCAAGCACCAGCCGCGUAAAGUGACCCAGUACAAGAAAGGAAAGGACUCGUUAUACGCCCAGGGUAAGCGGCGUUACGACAGGAAGCAGAGUGGUUAUGGUGGACAGACUAAACCUAUUUUCCGUAAAAAGACCAAGACGACCAAGAAGAUCGUGCUGAGGCUGGAGUGUGUGGAGCCCAACUGCCGCUCCAAGAGGAUGCUGGCCAUCAAAUGGUGCAAGCACUUUGAGCUGGGAGGAGACAAGAAGAGAAAGGGCCAAGUCAUCCAGUUCUAAAUUGCAUCCUCUGUUUUGUUGAGUUCACCGUCACAAUAAAAUUC